AUUCGGUAUCACUGCCCAAUUAGACUUGUACAAGACUACACACAAUAUGUAAUAUAACAACUCAACAAGUUUUGUUUCAUCACUCACUCUGUAACCGUCACCGAUAACUUAGCUUCCUUCUCACUCCUCGUUACCUCUGCCCUCACGGCGGUGAGGGUUAACGUCAAUGUCAUCGCCCUUCAAAACCCUCACCGUCAUUGCUUUCCACAAACAGUUCAUCGACGAUGCCACCGACGACCGCCACCGCAACCGCUCCCCGCAACUCGUAAUCAACGACUCCCCACCCUCAUCCUCAACGAUGCAAAAGAAACCUAAAACGACGUCGUCACGGUUACAAUUCUUCGUCCGCAUGAUGUGGAAAUGUGACACCUUAGUGAUUCGCGCUUCAAGAGAGGAUACAGUGAAAACGCUUCUCUUACAGAUUGCGUUCAAGAUCAAGGUUCCCUUUGUUUAUCUAAGAUUAAUAUAUAAAGGAAAACAGCUUCAGAUAGAACAUAAUCUUGGUGAAUGCGGCAUUGAAAACGAUGUGAAUCUUCAAUUGGUUGGACGUUUGAGGAGUAUAGGGUGUCCUGUUGUGUGGAAAGCCACAGAAGAAAUUGUUUCGUUGAUUCUUCGUCUCUGUAGAAGUGAAGUGGUACCUGAUGCUUCCACCAAUAUUCUUGAUCACUUCAAGAAAUACAUGGAUAAUUCUGAAUAUUUUGGUGUUUUUAUGUUUAUGAAAAUUCCUUCAUUGUUAGUAAAUCUCUUUAUGUCCCCUUGGGCAUUUAAUAAGACUGUUGCUGAUUUGUCUAUUAAGCAAUUUGUGCAAAAUAGUCUAGACAUGAAGUGCAAAACGUUGCAGGGUUUGUACAUUGAAAGUGUCUUGGAGUUUUGUGAAUUGCUUAGAGGGGUAGGAUGUAAGUCUGAUAAUCUUUUAUAUAUUUUUUGCCGGGAUGGUUUUGCAACUCUGUUGGCUCAUGUUGGUGUUCUCUUUAGGAAUUCUAAGCGGAGGGUUUUGCUUCAAGGUGUUUUUUACUGUGUUCGUGAGCUUGCAGAUGGGUUGCUGAAGUAUUUGGAUUCAAGUAAGAGCUGUCUGACUUCUGGGGAGAUUUCGUGCAGUGAUGUUCGGGGUUUUGUGAAUUUCUCGACACCUUUGAGGAAGGGAAUGGCCGAGCAACAAGGAGAAUUUGAUAAUUGUGGAAUUUACUAUGCGGAGGAUCCCUUGCUUGCAGGAUUAGUUGAUCAACUUCGUAUUGUAUUUUUUCAGUUAUUGAGCAAAUUGGAUGAGUGCCUUCAAGUCAUGGAGAAUUGCUUGGGUAACAAGGAACAAGAAGAAGGGGAUAGGGAUGCUAUCCACAGUGGGCGGUCUCAUUAUCUUUUCAUCUUGAAGGAAUUGUAUCACAUCUCUAAGCUCUAUAGCGGUGCAGAAGAGAUGUUUUGGGGAGUUUUGCUGCGUCGAAAAAAUAUGCUAUCUUAUCUUAUUGUUCGGUAUGCGGAGAGAUCUGAUGAUCAUCGAUGGGUUCUCGAGAACAUGGGUGUGACCAAUUUUGAAUCUAGGAGGCAUUUGGCGAUGAUGCUAUUCCCUGCCUUAAAUGAUGAAGUAUUGGGAUAUGAGAUGCUUAUUGGCAGAUCUCAGGUUUUGGCUGAAUCUUUGGAGUACAUAUCAAGAGCUAAGCCUAAAUCUCUGGAGGGUGGUAUAUUUAUGGAAUUCAAGAAUGAGGAUGCUACAGGACCGGGUGUACUGAGGGAGUGGUUUGUUUUGGUGUGUCAGGAAAUAUUUAAUCCAAAAAAUGCUCUUUAUUUGGCAUGUCCAAAUGAUCGAAGGAGAUUUUUUCCCAAUGCUGCAUCUAAGGUACAUCCUCUGCACCUAAAGUACUUCAGCUUCUCUGGACGUAUGAUUGCAUUAGCUUUGAAGAGUAAGGUGCACGUGGGCAUUGUUUUUGAUCGCGUGUUUUUCAAGCAAUUGGCUGGAAACUAUAUUACUUUAGAAGAUAUUCGGGAUGCAGAUCCUAUAAUGUAUCAUAGCUGCAAGCAAAUAUUGGAGAUGAAUGUUGAUUAUAUUGAUACAGAUAUAUUAGGACUGACAUUUUCUAUAGAGGUGGAGGAAUUAGGACGCAGGAGGGUGAUAGAGCUUUGCCCUGAUGGCGAAAGCAUUGUUGUGGAUAGUAAGAAUAGGGAGAUGUAUGUUGAUCUUCUUAUACAGAAUCGUUUUGUGACAUCCAUAUCUGAGCAGGUAUCACAUUUUGCCGAGGGGUUUGCUGAUAUUAUAUCUGGCAAAAGGCUAGAAUUCUUUCAAUAUUUAGACCUUGAAGAUCUUGAUUGGAUGCUGCAUGGUAGUGAAAAUGCCAUUUCCGUUGAAGAUUGGAAGGCACAUACUAAGUACAAUGGCUAUAAAGAGAUCGAUCGACAAAUAUCUUGGUUUUGGGAGAUUGUUGGGAGAAUGUCGGCGGAGCAAAAGAAGGUUCUUCUGUUCUUUUGGACAUCUGUGAAAUAUUUACCAGUUGAAGGUUUCCGUGGUUUGGCUUCCCGUCUAUUUAUUUGCAAAUUGAACGAACCUGAAAAUCACUUGCCCACAUCUCACACAUGUUUUUACGAGCUGUGCUUUCCUCCGUAUUCUUCUAUAACUAUCAUGCAAGAUCGCCUUGGAAUCAUCACUCAAGAACACAUGAGCUGCAGUUUCGGUACUCCGUGAUGGUGAAUAGAUAAGUGGUUUUGAAUCUUGAUUUCACUUAGAAAUAACAUUACUCACCUUUGUAUAAAAUUAGGAUAGGAUUAUUCCUUUUUCCCCCUCUUGAAAUGAUAGUCUAGAAGGCUUUUUGUUCUGCUUCUCAAAUCAAUUCUGGGUGGCAUUGUCCUUGAUCUUCUGUGCAGUGUUUAUAUGAGGGGGGUCAAGAGUCAAGAAAACAGGAUUGAAGGAAAUAAGUUUUGGUGUUUGGUUAUGUUAGUAUAUAGCUAUGGGUUAGCCAUGCUAUGACAUUUAAGUUAGAAUAGUCAUGCUCCAAGAGCAACUCUUGCCAUUAUUAAGAAUUAACAUUUCUUUAAGUCCUACAAUUAAUUUAUCAUUCUUUUUAGUUCUGGUGACUGCAUCCUCGUUCUAUUUCUGUUUCGAAUAAUUUAUCUUUUAUUUAAUAUCAUAAUCUUCAUGAAAUAUAUAUUUUUUAUAAUGUGAAGGAAGCAAUGCAAUUCCUUUUUACUCUGAAGAUUUAUGGAGUGAUAUUAACUUAUGACAGGCUCACUCUUUUAAAUCUGAAGUAUGUCUGGUUAGUUAUUUUGUUAGCAUAUCUCUCUCUCCGUUUCAAGCUUCAAUGUUUUGAAUCUUGAGGUUGCAAUGGAGAAAAUCAAUGUUAUAUAGAACUUUUAACUUAUAAAUAUAUUUCUAUUUAAAAAACGCUACACCACUUACACUUAGUUAGUAGUGUAUUGUUAAUACUAACCCAUUUUUUCCCUUCGUUCCAACUCUAAUGAUUUUUAGAACCGCAGCAGUAUGGAGAACAAAUUCUUAGGAAGACUUUGUUAAGAAACAUAAGAUGAUAAAUUGUUGGGACAAAGACAAGAAUAUAAAAUAAAUAUUAUUUAUUCAAAUCUAGAGAGAAACACAGUAACACACCAUGACAAACCUUCUUAAGAACUAUAGCCCCUUAUCACUUCAAUACACAACUCAUGGAAUAGAGUUUCACAUGUCCACCACCACUCAGCAUGUAUAUAUAUGCUGAUGUGGAGCCAAGUGCCAUAUAAAUAACCAUAUCCAAAAGCCAUACCAUAAUAACAAUAAUAAACUUUAAUAUAGGAAAGGAAACUAAAGAAAUAAUUAAUAGAAAAGCUUUUCAACCUUGAUGACAUGCAAAAUGGUAGACCCGAUCCCAACAUCUAGAACCAUUAAUUUAAACUUCCGUUUUUUACCAGUUCCAGUCACACCCAUUCCAUUGGUUUAAGCUUCAGGAUUCUCAACUGGAACUUCCUCUGCUGCUGGAGCUUCCACUGAUUCAACUGUUUUGUUCUCAAUCACAUCCUCUGCAGUUGCUGGUGG